AUACAUCAUUCGGUAAUGCUGGAUGCAACAGGAAACAGUAGGUUACCAAGAAAAAGAACAAAGAGAGAAAAAAAGUUCUUUGCGGGGGUCAUCGUUCUUCUGGUCAUACUAUUCGAACUUAUAACUGCAGUCAUUAUUAUAGCCGUGUUAGGUACAAAAGGUACUACACAAAGGUACAAAAGGUAUUACAAAAUGGAAGAAAUCUGUACAGAAGCUUCCUGUGUAGAGACAGCUAACUACUUGCUGAAUUCGAUGAAUUUUUCUGUCGACCCGUGUGAAGACUUUUAUCAAUUUAGUUGUGGACAACGGAUAAUGAAUAAGACCUUUCCAGCAAGAUCGAUAUAUGUCGCCGUACAAAAUCUAGAAAACACUUUCAAAGAGAUAUUUAAAUUAGAAAAGGGAAAUGAAGAUUUGCCCAAUAGUGUAAAGAAAAUCUUAAAGGCCUUCGCUGUUUGUAUGGAAUACGACUUAAAAUCCGAUAAUAUAGUCUGGGUUAAAGAAGUGACUAACGAAGCCGGAGGCUUUCCAUUGCUCGAAACCAAUUUCCGUAGUUCAUCAUCCCACUGGACGGAAAUAUAUAUGAAAGUUUUCAAAACUUACGUUAUCGAUUCUCUUUUUGAUAUAACGGUUGCUGUAAAUCCAUUUAACACGAGUGAAAACGUGCUCCAAGUGGCCCAACCGAGUUUGGAGGAAGAUAAAACAAACAUAGACAGGAGUACACUAGAAAAACUUGUUUCUUCAUUCGGCAACUCAAAUAAAACUUCUAUCGAUAAAGAUAUAGAUGAUAUAUUUUGGUUAAAAAAACAAAUUACUAAUUUAUCUCGUCCCGAUGCCGAAAUACUGGAAGAUGAAAAUGAUCGUCAAGUGGUGACAAUUGAAGAAUUAAACUCGAUGUAUCCCGAAGUGGAAUGGUUGUCUUUUAUCAAGAGCAUCUUUCAAGGUUAUCUAAAUCCGGAAGUGACCAUUAAUGCACACGAUCGUGUAUUUUUAAGCGGAAAGACAUACAUUAAAAAUAUCAUAGAACUUUUUGAAAAUAAGGAAAUAUCCGAAAGAUUAUUACUAAAUUAUGCCGGGGCCUUAUUUAUCAGCGAAUUGCUGACAUACAACACCGAAAAAGAGCAAAAUAAUUUUAAACGUAAAUUAAAACGUAGAAGAUCUUCGAACUCGGAUAUGAAAUGGUCUUCGUGUUACGAUUUCUUUGUAAAAUCAGCUAGUCCCGCUUUAGAUUAUCUGUACGGAAGACACAGAAAACAGAAAACCAUUAGCAAAGAAUUGAUCGAUUAUAUGACGAAAGCCAUGAAAGAAAUGAUUGAUCAAACGACCUGGUUAGAUAAACCAACGAAAGAAGCGGUUCAAGACAAAUUGAAUCAUAUGGUGACGUUCUUGAGCUUUCCACAAUGGACUCGAGACGUGAAAGAACUGGAAGUUUAUUUUAAAGAACUUCCCGAAAUGACCAACAAUUCUUUUGAAAAUACUUUAAACUUGCAACGUUUUUCGUUUAGGAAAUAUAUGGAUUUCUAUCAUCAAAAAAAUGAUAGAUCAAAGUGGCCACGAAUUUCUGAAUUAGGAGGAUCGCAAUUGAAUGCGUUCUAUUUUCCAGAUUUGAAUAUUGUCAGUGAGUAUAUUAUAAAGCACACAAGUAAAUGCCGUAUAUAUAUAUUCAGAAAUUGAUAAAAAUUAAAGUUAAUUCUUUAUAUUUUAACGUAAUUGAACAUAAAAUACUAAAAAAGAAAAACUGAGAACGAGUUGAAGAUAUAUUCUACCUUUAAGUAGGAAUACUCGUCGCCAGCUGCUAUCCUAUAACAUAUUUCAACAUUGAAAUUAGUAAUAUUUCAAAAAUUUACCGCUUUUUAUCUAAUGAU